UCAGUCUACAGAAGAAUGUUUGUCUUCCUGUUAUGAUGUCAGCGUUUAUGACAAAUCCAUUCUAGAAUGUAAAGAGUCUAUAUGUGAGUUCCUCAGAACAGAACACAAUCUUUUCACCAGCUGAACAGACACACAUUCGUCUUCAGAGAAAGUCAUCUGUCAAACACUCAACAAGAUUUUACAUCUAUCUCACGUUUUAGAACGUUUUCAAGAUCAUCAGCCACCAUGGAAAGACGAGAGAGUAGAGCCAGCAGGGACUACAACAGAGGGAUGGAGGAGAUGAGGAAACUGAUGGAGGGUGAGAUGCAGGAGAGGGAACAAAAGUUAAGGACCGCUGCUAAAAUCAUGGUCCUCAAGGAGAGGGAGACCUGGAGAAGUGACAGGGAGCAACUUCUGGAGAAGCUCUCUGUCACUGAGGAAGAAGUCACGGCAUUGAAGAGUGACCUCCAGGAUGAAAAGGACAAGAACAGGAACAGAGAACAAGAUAUCUGGUCUCUUCACUGCCAGCUCUCUACUGAGAAAGAAAAGUACGACUCCGCCAAUGCUCUCUGGUGGAGGAAGUUACAUGAAGUGUUGGAGAAGGCAGCAGGGGGCAUCAGAAAGAGAGAUGAUCAAAUCAUCUCUCUUGAACGGAGCCUCCACGCUGAGAAAGAGAGCUGGCAGCAAAAAGUCAGCCAGCUAGAAGAGCUCCUCAGUGAAAAAGAGAAAGAAAUCAGCAGGGCCAAUAAAAAAAGAAGAGAACGUACCACGGCUCAUAUUGACACCUUGGCCCUGCUGAGUGAAACACAGUCAGCUUUGAAAGAAAGUCAACUGGCCUGUGAUUCACUGGAGGAAAAACUCAGACAGCAGCUGACUGAAAAAAUGGAGAAAGACCAGAGAGAGCUCUCAGAGAGAGUAGAGAGCCUCCGCAAGGAGCUCUCUGAGAGAGUCAGAAAGUCUAGAGAGGAGCUCUCCACAGUGUGCGAGAGUUGGGAGAGGAGGUCACACCAGUGGAGGAAAGAGAAAAAACAACUGGAGGAGACGCUGCAGGCCAAACACAAGAUUUGGAUCCACGAGGAGGCGCAGAUGAAAGAACAGAUCCAGCGCCUCACCAAUGACAACCUCCAGCUUCAGGAGCUCCUGAUGAAAAAGGAGAAGAAGAAGCAGAAGAGCUUCUGGAGCUGGAGUCGCAGCAAAUAACAACAGCUCCCUCUUUCCCCAAACCCCUCUCCCACCUCACCCACCCCUCUCCCUCUCCUACUCCUUCACUCACCCUCACCCUCA